GCUUCCUCUCCCGAGGGCUGUCCUGGCAGAGGCCCCCCUCGCUCUUUCUGGCGGGAACAGGGCCAGCAGCGAAAGAACAGUCGCAGAGGGAAAGCGGGAAAGAGAUGGGGGAAAGUGUGUGUGUGUGAGUGUGUGCUUGUGUGCAUGUGUGUGUGUGUGUGUGUCAAGGAAAAAAGCUCGCAGUCCAGCAGCCCGGGCCUGGGAGGCUUGUGAGCCGGGCCUUUCGUAAUUGUCCCCUCCCCGCGGCCCCCUCCCCCAGGCCUCCCCCCUCUCCCGCCCUCCCGCCCGCCCUCUCUCCCUCCCUCUUUCCCUCGCAGCCGACGAGGCAACAAUUAGGCUUUGGGGAUAAAACGAGGUGCGGAGAGCGGGCUGGGGCAUUUCUCCCCGAGAUGGCGGGUCUGACGGCGGCCCCGCGGCCGGGAGUCCUCCUGCUCCUGCUGUCCAUCCUCCACCCCUCUCGGCCUGGAGGGGUCCCUGGGGCCAUUCCUGGUGGAGUUCCUGGAGGAGUCUUUUAUCCAGGGGCUGGUCUCGGAGCCCUUGGAGGAGGAGCGCUGGGGCCUGGAGUCAAACCUCUUAAGCCAGUUCCCGGAGGGCUUGCGGGUGCUGGCCUUGGGGCAGGGCUCGGCGCCUUCCCCGCAGUUACCUUUCCGGGGGCUCUGGUGCCUGGUGGAGUGGCUGACGCUGCUGCAGCCUAUAAAGCUGCUAAGGCUGGCGCUGGGCUUGGUGGUGUCCCAGGAGUUGGUGGCUUAGGAGUGUCUGCAGCCCCUUCUGUGCCAGGUGCGGUGGUUCCUCAGCCUGGAGCCGGAGUGAAGCCUGGGAAAGUGCCGGGUGUGGGGCUGCCAGGUGUAUACCCAGGUGGCGUGCUCCCAGGAGCUCGGUUCCCCGGUGUGGGGGUGCUCCCUGGAGUUCCCACUGGAGCAGGAGUUAAGCCCAAGGCUCCAGGUGUAGGUGGAGCUUUUGCUGGAAUCCCAGGAGUUGGACCCUUUGGGGGACCGCAACCUGGAGUCCCACUGGGGUAUCCCAUCAAGGCCCCCAAGCUGCCUGGUGGCUAUGGACUGCCCUACACCACAGGGAAACUGCCCUAUGGCUAUGGGCCCGGAGGAGUGGCUGGUGCAGCGGGCAAGGCUGGUUACCCAACAGGGACAGGGGUUGGCCCCCAGGCAGCAGCAGCAGCAGCAGCUAAAGCAGCAGCAAAGUUCGGUGCUGGAGCAGCCGGAGUCCUCCCUGGUGUUGGAGGGGCCGGUGUUCCUGGCGUGCCUGGGGCAAUUCCUGGAAUCGCAGGCGUUGGGACUCCAGCUGCAGCUGCAGCUGCAGCUGCAGCAGCAGCCGCUAAGGCAGCCAAGUAUGGAGCUGCUGCAGGCUUAGUGCCUGGUGGGCCAGGCUUUGGCCCAGGAGUAGUUGGUGUCCCAGGAGCUGGUGUUCCAGGUGUUGGUGUCCCAGGAGCUGGCAUUCCAGUUGUCCCAGGUGCUGGGAUCCCAGGUGCUGCGGUUCCAGGGGUUGUGUCACCAGAAGCAGCUGCUAAGGCAGCUGCGAAGGCAGCCAAAUACGGGGCCAGGCCCGGAGUCGGAGUUGGAGGCAUUCCUACUUACGGGGUUGGAGCUGGGGGCUUUCCCGGCUUUGGUGUCGGAGUCGGAGGUAUCCCUGGAGUCGCAGGUGUCCCUAGUGUCGGAGGUGUUCCCGGAGUCGGAGGUGUCCCGGGAGUUGGCAUUUCCCCCGAAGCUCAGGCAGCAGCUGCCGCCAAGGCUGCCAAGUACGGGUUAGUUCCUGGUGUCGGCGUGGCUCCUGGUGUCGGCGUGGCUCCUGGAGUUGGCGUGGCUCCUGGUGUCGGUGUGGCUCCUGGAGUUGGCGUGGCUCCUGGAGUUGGUGUGGCUCCUGGAGUUGGCGUGGCUCCUGGAGUUGGUGUGGCUCCUGGAGUUGGUGUGGCUCCUGGCGUUGGUGUGGCUCCCGGCGUUGGCGUGGCUCCCGGCAUUGGCAUUGUCCCUGGUGGAGUUGCAGCUGCAGCAAAAUCCGCUGCCAAGGUGGCUGCCAAAGCCCAGCUCCGAGCUGCAGCUGGGCUUGGUGCUGGCAUCCCUGGACUUGGAGUUGGCGUCGGCGUCCCUGGACUUGGAGUUGGUGCUGGUGUUCCUGGCUUCGGGGCAGUACCUGGAGCCCUGGCUGCCGCUAAAGCAGCCAAAUAUGGAGCAGCAGUGCCUGGGGUCCUUGGAGGGCUCGGGGCUCUCGGUGGAGUAGGCGUCCCAGGCGGUGUGGUGGGAGCCGCACCCGCCGCCGCUGCUGCCGCAGCCAAAGCUGCUGCCAAAGCCGCCCAGUUUGGCCUAGUGGGAGCUGCUGGGCUCGGAGGACUCGGAGUCGGAGGGCUUGGAGUUCCAGGUGUUGGGGCCCUUGGAGGUGUACCUCCAGCUGCAGCCGCUAAAGCAGCUAAAUACGGUGCUGCUGGCCUUGGAGGUGUCCUAGGGGGUGCCGGGCAGUUCCCACUUGGAGGAGUGGCAGCAAGACCUGGCUUCGGAUUGUCUCCCAUUUUCCCAGGUGGGGCCUGCCUGGGGAAAGCUUGUGGCCGGAAGAGAAAAUGAGCUUCCUAGGACCCCUGACUCACGACCUCAUCAACGUUGGUGCUACUGCUUGGUGGAGAAUGUAAACCCUUUGUAACCCCAUCCCAUGCCCCUCCGACUCCCCACCCCAGGAGGGAACGGGCAGGCCGGGUGGCCUUGCAGAUCCACAGGGCAAGGAAACAAGAGGGGAGCGGCCAAGUGCCCCGACCAGGAGGCCCCCUACUUCAGAGGCAAGGGCCGUGUGGUCCUGGCCCCCCACCCCAUCCCUUCCCACCUAGGAGCUCCCCCUCCACACAGCCUCCAUCUCCAGGGGAACUUGGUGCUACACGCUGGUGCUCUUAUCUUCCUGGGGGGAGGGAGGAGGGAAGGGUGGCCCCUCGGGGAACCCCCUCCCUGGGGCUCCUCUAAAGAUGGUGCAGACACUUCCUGGGCAGUCCCAGCUCCCCCUGCCCACCAGGACCCACCGUUGGCUGCCAUCCAGUUGGUACCCAAGCACCUGAAGCCUCAAAGCUGGAUUCACUCAUAGCAUCCCUCCUCUCCUGGGUCCACUUGGCCGUCUCCUCCCCACCGAUCGCUGUUCCCCACAUCUGGGGCGCUUUGGGGUUGGAAAACCACCCCACACUGGGAAUAGCCACCUUGCCCUUGUAGAAUCCAUCCGCCCAUCCAUCCAUUCAUCCAUCCGUCCGUCCAUCCAUGUCCCCAGUUGACCGCCCGGCACCACUAGCUGGCUGGGUGCACCCACCAUCAACCUGGUUGACCUGUCAUGGCCGCCUGUGCCCUGCCUCCACCCCCAUCCUACACUCCCCCAGGGCGUGCGGGGCUGUGCAGACUGGGGUGCCAGGCAUCUCCUCCCCACCCGGGGUGUCCCCACAUGCAGUACUGUAUACCCCCCCAUCCCUCCCUCGGUCCACUGAACUUCAGAGCAGUUCCCACUCCUGCCCCACCCAUCUUUUUGUGUCUCGCUGUGAUAGAUCAAUAAAUAUUUUAUUUUUUGUCCUGGAUAUUUGGGGAUUAUUUUUGAUUGUUGAUAUUCUCUUUUGGUUUUAUUUUUGUGGUUCAUUGAAAAAAAAAGAUAAAUUUUUUUUUCUGAUCCGGGGAGCUAUAUCCCCAGUAGAAAAAUCAUUUUAAUCACUCUAAUAUAACUCUGGAUGAAACACACCUUUUUUUUUUAAUAAGAAAAGAGAAUUAACUGCUUCAGAAAUGACUAAUAAAUGAAAAACCUUUAAAGGAAA